UCCAAAACCCACCACCCCAAAAAAUGCAAGCCAACCUCAACCCCUUCCAAAUUAUUUCCAAACAAAUCUUCCCUUCACUGGUAAAGCUACCUCCGGUGCGCCAAUCUCCGUCACCAGUGCACACCAUACCACCGCGUGCAAUAUCAAUCUCCACACCCAACGAAACCGAUCGCAGUCCAAUUACCAUUUCAACCCUAGACGUAGUAGAUGACUCCGUGGCUGCAUUUUGGGACUACCAAUUCCUCUUUGUGUCACAGCGCUCCGAACAAACCGAACCCAUCGCGCUCAGAGUCGUGGAUGGUUCGGUUCCGUCGGACUUUCCCUCCGGCACGUACUACUUGACAGGGCCGGGGCUCUUCGCCGACGACCACGGCUCCACGGUGCACCCAUUGGACGGCCACGGCUACCUUAGGGCUUUUAAAUUCGAUGGGUCUGACGAAGAUGUAAAGUUCAUGGCUAAGUACGUGAAAACUGAGGCUCAAGUGGAGGAGCACGACCCUUUGACUGACACGUGGCGGUUCACGCACAGGGGGCCGUUUUCGGUGUUGAAAGGUGGACAGAAGGUUGGGAAUACUAAGGUGAUGAAGAAUGUGGCGAAUACUAGUGUGUUGAGGUGGGGCCAGAGGCUGUUGUGUUUGUGGGAAGGUGGGGACCCGUAUGAGAUUGAAUCGAAGACGUUGGAUACGAUCGGGAAGGUAGGUCUGAUGGACGGUUGUGAUUCGGGGGUGGAGAGUAGAGACCAUGGUGGCGGUGUAUGGGAUGUGGCUGCAAGAUUGCUCAAACCAAUUCUGUACGGAGUUUUUAAGAUGCCUCCAAAGCGACUGUUGUCUCAUUAUAAGCUCGAUGCUCGCAGAAACAGGCUUCUUAUGGUGUCGUGCAAUGCAGAGGAUAUGCUAUUGCCAUGCAGUAACUUUACAUUUUAUGAAUAUGACUCAAAUUUCAAGGUGUUGGGAAAGCAAGAGUUUAACAUACCGGAUCACUUGAUGAUCCAUGAUUGGGCUUUCACAGACACUCACUAUAUAUUAUUUGCCAAUCGCAUCAAGCUUGAUGUUGUCG